UUAAAUUUAACGGGAAAAAAAUAAUUAUAUCACAACAAAGGAUAACGUAAGAGAGAUAUACAAGGAAGAAUAAGAGGGGUAAAAUAGUGAUUGCAGUAAUAAUAAAAAAGGAACGAACGAUGGAGCGCGUUCUACUAGCAACCCAUGUAAGACGUUAAAGUGAAAUUCCAGAUUUAGCCUCGGAGUGAAUACAAAAAUCAAGAAUUAUUCAAGAAGGUCGUUUUUCUUAAUUAAGCGAAACGCAUGCACUCAUUUUAUUUUUCUCUCUAACUUAUAUUUUUUCUAUCUAUCCAUUUAUAAUAUUGAUAUAUCAAAAUAUAACACUUUGUUGUUAAUUAUUGUUUCCUUUUGGAACCCCUCGUGAUUGCUCUUAAGACCGAGUCAGGCGGCGGAGAAUCGGCAUGACUCGGCGGUGCUCUCACUGCAGCAACAACGGCCACAACUCACGGACAUGUCCGUCGAGAGGUGGCGCCGGGGUGAAAAUCUUCGGUGUUAGGUUAACGGAUGGAUCAAUCAUCCAAAAGAGCGCGAGUAUGGGAAAUCUAACCCUCGCUAAUCAUCAUCAUUGUUCUUCUUCUUCUUCGACAUACGCUGGUUCAUCGCUUAAUCCUGGUUCACCUUGCUCCGACCCGCCUCAUGACCCGGAUGGUUACUUGUCCGAUGACCCGGCUCAUGCAUCCACCUUCGCCACCCGCCGCGGUGAGCUCUUUCUCAACAACCAAAAAUAA